UUACCAAUAUUCCUUCAGAAAAAGCUUGAUAUAUAGCAUUACAUGUACAUGUAAUAACAAUUAUUGGAAGAAAACAAACAAUUUCUUAAAGGGACUUCUUCACAAAUGUUUAGAAUGAAGAAUCUAUGUGUAGAUUAGAAUAUAACAAAGGCAUCACAUCUUUGUCCAAUCAUCAGCUUGACAAUUGGUCAACAUCUUCAGGUCUUCAGAAGAUUAAAAUAUAUAAGAUAUGAAAAGAUGCCCACGUUCGUUUGAUGAAAGAGAAUUGAUUGGUUAAAGAUGAAAGAGAUAGAUGAAGUUCCAACGAAGAUUAGUGUUAGUAAGAUCUGUCUCUUCAGGAAAGGAUCAGAUAUUGAUCUAGAGGCAAUAUUUGGUGGACGUAUAAGUAAUAAAAAGACCAAUGUUAUCAAAACAAAUCCAGUGUACAAAGAUGGAAACGGAGUGAAAAGGGGAAAUAACUCUAGCAAGGAAAAUGAUAUGGGUGGUAUAGAAAUUCAGGUUUAUAAUAACAUACCAAAAUCAUCAUUAGAAAAUACAACUAAACAUGAAAAUUUGAUAAUGAAAGAACAAUUGAUGACUGAAAAUUCACGAACAGAGCGUGAUAAAGUAACAGUAACUAACGGUGAUGUUUGUGUGGGUGAUAUCAUUAUAGAAAAUGGGUACAGAAAUCCGUCAUUUAUAUCUGAUACCGAUAGUGAGGCAGGACUUGAUGUGAUGGAGCAUACAGUGAAAUACUCUGGGGAAGGGGAGGGGAAAGGUAACAUGUCUGGGUCAGAAUGGCCAGAUAUUGAUGAUAUUGCUCUGCCACCACUGUCUCAGGAGGAAAUUGACAAAUCAAAGAAUAGUGAUGAUGAAGCUUAUGAAAUGAUAGACUACAACAGAAAUAAAACAAAAUUCAAAAAUGACAUUGAUCCUGGUGACAUUGAAAUUAAUAUAAGUCAGGACUUGGAAGCCAAUGUUCAAUCAGAGGUAAAAGUAACUGAAAAUCUGGUUCAAGAUAGAAAGGAUGAAGUUCAAACGGUCUCUACAACAUUAAUCCAGUCUGAGGCUCAAGAUCAAACAGUUUUAGAAGUUCAAUCAGAGUCUGAGCCUGUUAAUGAACAAGACACUUUAGAAAAACAAGGAAAUGAAAAUGACAAUCUCUUAAAUGGUGAAAUGACGCACAUUACAACAAGUGAUCUCAGUUCUAAAGAUUCCAACGAAAAUGAGAAAAAUGACACUAAAAGUGAUGUUCAAAACGAAAACAGAAAUGAAACUAAUCACCAAAAGACAAAUGGUUCCAUUAACAAAGAACCAAAAAUAAAUGGAUCUGUGAAUUCAACAUAUUCUCUUGAUGAAGACAGCUGUGUAAAUGAGAAAGGAAAAUCGAAAAAGAAGAAAAAAUUAAAACAAAGAAAGAAUUCACUCCCAGAUCAUAUAUUAAACUCAUUGAAUAUGAAACCAUCUAAGCCUAUUCUUGUCCCUGUAGUCAUGGAUGAUAGUGCUAUGUCAGUAGGUCGUUCAAGGUCAACGGACAAUUCAAAUGAACAAAAAUCAGUCAAAUUUUCUGAUGACACUGUGUUUAAUGAUACAAAACCAAAUAAAUACAAACAAGAAAGAUUAAAUUUAAAGGAUAUUUAUAAGGGGAAAAUUUCCAGUAAGGAUGCUGUUGCCAAACUUAAUCCGGUGUUUCUUGACGAGGACAAUCAGGCUUUACAAGACAGGAACACAGAAGGUGGCGACCAGUAUGAUGAUAAUCUGAAUACACCAGCCUACAUGAAGAACUAUUUAACCUCUCAUGGUGGAGAACAAGGACCAAUCAGACAUGCUGGACUUGAUGUUGACAAUGAUAUUGAAAGUAUUGGCAGUGAAGGGGCGGUCAACUAUGACAAACUAAUCCAACAAACAAUUGCAAGAAAGAGACGAAGUCGAGUUCUACGCCUUAUAUGUGCAGUAUUUACAUUUUGUGUUGUGAUUGGAGUUGUGGUUGUUUUAGUCAUAUUUGUUGGGCAAAAGCAGUCAUGAUUAGAAUACUGGUACAUGAAAGUGGGGCUAUUAAUAUAUAUAUCUAUGUAGUCAGAAAGAAGCAGACAUAAUUACAAAAUUUGGAGAUGAAAAAAGCAGGGUAUAUAAUAUUAGAUGCAAACAGAAAUUAUGAUUAUUUUAAUAAGAUGUCCUGACAAAUUAUGUUUACCAUUGAUGAAAAAUGAUUAAAACAAUUUCCAUGAUGUUAUUACUUCAUCUAUUCAUUGUUAAAGAAUAUGAAGAUAUUAUUUUUAGUGUAAAAGUUUUUUGAGAAAUGAUAUUGCAUUAAAAAUCCUAUCAUUUUAUCAGAACAUUAUGAAGUUCCUUUUAUAUGAAUUUCUCUAUAUAGCAUUAAAAAUUUGGAUUUUUAAUUUAAAAGGUUAUAAAUGAGAGAAAUUUUUUGGUACAAAUGUACAGCAUUCAUAUAUUUGCCAUCUGGUCAAGUACUGUGUAAAAAGUAGUACGCAAUCUGAAUACAAUUUGUAGUGUUGUAUUAAAUACAUCCUGCAUAUCAUCGCAAAACAAAUUCUUCUUUUUAAUAUUCUGGAGUUGAUUUCACCAAAAAACAUACGACUAAGAUUGGUCUUAAGUCAUGAACAAAUCAGUACACUGUAGAUUAAUCUUAGUCAUAAGUUUUUUUGUGAAAUCGGCUUCAGAUUUUCAUGUUUAGAAGAAAUAUGUAAUUUUAUACAUUGGUUCUUUGAACAAUUUGUCAUAGCUCUAUCAUUUCUUUUCUUUCUUUCUUUCUUUACAUUUUCCACUGUUACAUUUCAUAGUUGUUGGGGUUUUUUUUAAUAAAAAGAAAUCUGAAAAAUUGAAUGAAAAUAUUUGUGAAGUAAGUGAUACGGGUAAAAGUUUGAUAUGUGAUUAAUUUAUAAACAGCA